UCAUGGAAGCGGGCAAGGAUACGGAUACGGUGGAAAUAGAGGUCGAGUCCGGCCUGUGCCAGCCGUUGCGCCGUCGCGUGCGUCGUUUCCUCUCCGCCAAACAGCUGUACGAGUGUCUGCGUCCAGUCUUCCAUGUGACCUACUGGCACGGUCUCACAUCCUUCUACAUCAGCAGCGACAGUGCCACAGGCCGCAAGGACAUCAAAAAGACCAUAUUCGGCUUUGUCAACGGGAUUAUCCACAUAACCCUCUAUGCCAUCUGCUAUACCCUCACGAUCUUCAACAAUUGCGAGUCCGUGGCCAGCUAUUUCUUCCGUUCCCGCAUCACCUACUUUGGGGACAUGAUGCAGAUUGUUAGCGGCUUUAUUGGCGUCACUGUCAUCUAUCUGACGUCCAUCAUCCCCAACCAUCGCUUGGAGCGUUGCCUUCAGAAGUUUCACACUAUGGACAUGCAACUGCAGACCGUUGGCAUCAAGAUCAUGUAUAGCAAGGUCCUGCGAUUCAGCUAUAUGAUUCUGUUCUCCAUGUUUAUGGUGAACAUUUGCUUCACCUGUGGCACCUUCUCCGUGCUGUACUCUUCGCUAGUGGCCCCCAGCAUGGCAUUGCACUUCACCUUCCUCAUUCAACAUACAGUCAUCUCCAUAGCCAUUGCCGUUUUCACUUGCUUUACGUAUCUGGUGGAGAUGCGUCUGGUGAUGGUAAAUAAGGUCCUGAAGAACCUCUCCCAUCAGUGGGACUCUCACAGCUUGAAGGGAGUGGUCCAGAAGCAACGUUCCCUCCAAUGUCUCGACUCCUUUUCCAUGUACACAAUUGUGACCAAAGAUCCGGCAGAGAUUAUACAGGAAUCCAUGGAGAUACAUCACCUGAUUUGCGAGGCUGCCGCCACGGCCAACAAAUACUUCACCUACCAACUGCUUACGAUCAUAUCCAUUGCUUUUCUGAUUAUUGUUUUCGAUGCGUACUAUGUUCUGGAGACAUUGCUGGGCAAAUCGAAGCGCGAAAGCAAAUUCAAAACGGUGGAAUUUGUCACCUUCUUCUCAUGUCAAAUGAUUCUGUACUUGAUUGCCAUCAUUUCGAUUGUGGAGGGCAGCAAUCGGGCCAUCAAGAAGAGCGAAAAAACUGGAGGCAUAGUCCACUCUCUGAUGAACAAAACCAAAAGCCCGGAGGUCAAGGAAAAGCUACAACAAUUUUCCAUGCAGUUACUGCACUUGAAAAUCAAUUUUACAGCCGCGGGUCUCUUUAACAUCGAUAGAACUUUGUAUUUUACGAUCAGUGGUGCGUUGACCACGUAUCUCAUCAUCUUGCUGCAGUUCACAUCCAAUUCCCCCCACAAUAGCAAUGGGAAUUAUUAUUCUUGUUGUGAGACCUUCAAUAAUAUAACGAAUCAUACAAAUUAGAUGUAAAUGUAUGUAGUUACGAAUAUACUACCAAUUAUGGGUGUGGAGUGAGUGCGAUGGAGCCGGGGUGAAAUGAUAUAGAAUACGAGUACGUCCAGAUGUUUGUGCAACUACCAUGUACCAGAAUAUGUAUUUUUUGUAUGUAAAUGUUUGUUCUUGUUGCUUUCAAAGUGUUGUCUAUAUUCCAAUUAAUUAUUGGCAAUAAAUAAUCG